GCGAUUCUCACCAAAACCAAUUGACAACAAAACAGUCGCCUCUCCCUUCCCUAUCUUUGCCCCUUUAAGAAGGUUACAACAACAACGAAUAAAGUAAAAAACAAAAAGUGGACGAGACAGGUAACAAUGUCUGACUCUUCAAGAAAGAGAAGUGCUGAUGAAAUGGGCGGAAAUUACCUUUCCGCGUAUAGUGAUCCCAAUGAGCUGGUGAACGCUGUUAUUGCAAACUUGAACGCCCCAGAGGAGAAGACCAUCGCGGCUGAGAAGUUUGCCAAUGACAAGAAUACCGCUACAGAAGUCCAGGCAUAUGCUAAAAUUGCCGGUAAUAACUGGACUUAUUACGUCAAGGCACUGAACGUAACCAUUGGAAGAAAUGAGGAAACUGUUGAGCAUCCAGACGGAUCCACCACAGGCACAGAUAUUGUUCUGGGACCUUCCAAACUGGUAAGUCGUUCUCAUGCCAGUAUAAACUACAACUUGAACACAAGAUCAUGGGAACUUUACGUUACAGGAAGAAACGGUGCUAAAGUGAACACCGUAAAGGUUCCAUGUGGUGCUAAUGCGGUCCCUACUGAACUAAACUCUGGUGCUGUCCUUGACAUCGGUGGUACACAGAUGAUGUUUAUACUGCCAGAUGCCCAGCCGAUUGUUUCAAGGGCCAUAUUGGAUCAAGUUGCACCAAAACUACCACCUCCUAAGUCUAAGAGAAUGGCAUUGGAUGUUUCUGUCACUGCGAAUCCUGUUCCUGGAUCGUCGACUUUCAACAAUAACUCCACAUCAUUCAACAAUCGUGGAACAAAGGGGCUUUCGGGACCCAUGAAGGCCUUCCAAAUGUUUGAAAACAACGAUAAUAAGUCCCCACAACAUAGUCCAUCUGUGGAGAAUGACUUAUCCACUGAUGAAGCACGGGAUAUUAAGCCUCCUUAUUCAUAUGCUACUAUGAUUACACAAGCAAUCUUAUCAAAUACUGAAGGUGUGUUAUCAUUGUCAGAGAUUUAUGAUUGGAUAGCAAGUCAUUAUGCAUUUUACAGGUUUUCCAAAUCUGGUUGGCAGAACUCCAUUAGACACAACUUAUCAUUGAACAAGGCAUUUGAAAAGGUUCCCAGACGACCAAAUGAACCUGGAAAGGGUAUGAAAUGGCAAAUUAGCGAUGCGUAUAGAGACGAAUUUAUGAAAAAAUUCCAAAGUGGAUCGUUAUCAAAAGCAAGAAGGGGUUCAUCUGUUUCAAGACAAUUACAAUUACAUCUGAUAACGCAUAAUGACCUUCCAGCUUCUCAAUCUCAAAGACGGAAGGUUAUUCAGCAGCAUUACCCAAAUGCGCCUCCUGAGUACCAGCAGCCUUUAAACCCAGAACAACAACAACAACAACAACAGCAACAACAACAACAACAACAACAACAGCAGCAGCAGGUGCAGCAGGUGCAGCAUCCACAUCCUCAAGCGCAUCUCCAAUCAAACGAAUCAUUGCAAUAUAUAAAUGCCACACAUGCUGCCCAAACAACAAAACCACCUCAUUUCAAUGGGCCUCCUCACAAUCCAUAUGUCAACAUGUAUGUACAGCAAUUACCGCCUCUUCAACAACAACAACAACAACAGCAGCAGGGUCCACCGGUGGCAUAUCAACAGACGCUUUACCCUCAAUCAAGAGACUCAUCCAUCGUUAGUGGUACAGGAUCACCACCACCCGGUUAUCAUCCUUUACCUCACACUCAGCACACAUUGCCUCCUCAGCAGCAGCAAGUAUUGGGUCUUGGCCAAAUGCACCAACAACCAAAACAACAGCAGGUUCAACAACAACCUCAAUUGCAUCAAAAUCAUGUUCUUGUGCAACAACAAAUGCACCAUAAUGUACAAUCCAUUGGAAAUAAGCGGAAGAAGGAGUUGAAGGAUGGUCAACCAGGAACCCAACCAUUGUCUGAAGGAAGUGUAAUAUCUUCAUCGUCACAGACCAAGCCGUCUAAACUAUCUACGGAUACAACUGAGGUUAAGCCUUCAACUCGUGAUGAUUCAGCUCCACAGACACAGUUAUCUUCACCCGUCAAGAAUCCCGCUACCUUUCAGUCGAAUGGAGUAACCAGUGCUGAUGGUGCGAUUUCAGGAGCCAAAGAUGGGCAGUUGUCAACUGAUUAUGGAAUGAUUGCAUCACCAAAUAAACCGUUUUCAAUAUCUGCCGUUGAGGCUUAUACACCUGAACGUGGUGCUCGCAAAAAAGACUCUGGAGAACCUGGUCAACCUGGUGCUUUACAAUCUUCACCUGCACUUUGGAACUUUGUUCAGUUCAGUACCCCCUUACAACCUGGUCAGGGUAAAGAUUCUGCAUCUCCACUGAAGAAUGGGUUUCAGAAUGUUCCAGAUUCUCCUUUAACAUCGAAAAAUAAAGUACAACAACGCCAACCACUGCCAUCACAACAAGAACAACAAUAUCAACAACAACAUGAUAACGAGACCCAUACCAGCGAUUUACAGAAUGUUGAUUUGGCCAAGGGUUUCAAAAAGUGAAUUUUUGUCACCUUUGUCGUGUUGUCUUAAUGCUUUUACGAAUGUGUUUUAGAAUGACUCAAUGUUGUAUAGAAGAAAGCUGGAGAGCUUGACGGAUACAGGUCUAUCCGAU